AUGGGCGAGAUCGACCGUUACAUCCCCGGGUCCGAACGUCAGAAGGAUUCCGCUCGAGAGGCGGGCAAGGAAGCUGAGGCUGAUAUGACCGCCGGACUCGGCGCCGCAGUCGCAGUCGACGAAGAAGCCGUAGUCGACGGAGAAGUCCUAGUCGGAGGAGAAGUCGCAGCCGCAGAAGAAGCCGAAGCCGGUAACCUUCACAAAGUCAAGGCCUAG